UGGAAUACAUAUACCUGUUGGGCUAUCUUUUGUAAAUGUGUCUGAAUGUUUCCAGAAUUAUUAAUAUUCAUGCAGCAGAUGGGCCCUUUACAGCACAUAUAGCUUCUUCCCUGGCCAGUAGAUAAUCUAAAACUAAAUGGUUAUCCAAAACUGUCUGCUGCAUCAGGGCUGGGCUUUGGUGUAACAGUCCAGUGUGUUUGGCAGGGUGGCUGACAGGUUGCUGUUUGUCUUAAUAAUUUGUUGUCGUGUGCCUGGUGGGGUGGCAGCUAGCCCAGUCCCAGUGAGGGAUAACAGCAGACCUGUGCCCAAUAUAAUGGAGUUGAAUACUGUAUGCUUUUCACGUGAGGGGGCAGAGAUACGGAUUGGGGGGUCCUGUUCAGCGAUGUGUAAGGGUAGCUCCAGAGAGACUGAAGUACACUGGUAGGAAUAGACAGGACUCGUGGGGGCUGGCGCGGAGGCAAAUGCAUUGGAGGUUGAGGGAAGAAGUGCACAUAUGGAGAGCCAUGUAUCUAUGACAGCCCCAGGGCAUUGGACCCACAGUGGACACUAACUGCUUAAUCAGGGAAGCUAAAGUAAGUUGGAAGUCCCUCCUGGAUGGUUGGGCAUUGAGGCCCAAGGCCACAGGGGUGGUUCUCCUUGGGACAGGGUGUAGAUCAUAAGCAUCCAUGUGGUGUUGGUUCCGGGGCAGAUACGGAGGAUUAUAAAAGGCACUGGGGGCUCCUGCCAAGCAUCACAUAAUGUACUGCAAAACGUCCUGCAUGAGAGCAGUUGAGCACCAUGGACAGAGGUCAGGCAAGCCACAGGGGCGUACAGGGAGAGCCUUUUGCUGGUCAGAUGGGGGCAGGAUCAAUAUAUCAGCUUCGUAGGCCACUAACUCGGGAACAGCCUUUGUUGAGCCUGGUAAGAUGUCUGGCAAUUCUAGCAGCCCUCAAAAUAAGCUGUGAUUUCUGCCUAUUGUAUAAAAAAUAUUUAAGACUGUCAGAAGACUUGAAUAGGAGGAUUGUCUAUUUUGUGUGUCCUAGUGGAUAAUUAGGGAACUGUAUGGGUAAUUGUCCCUUCCAGAAGAGAGACAAGCUCUGGGGAGUUUCUGGGUCCCUAGGGCAGAGGCCUUGGCAGCUUCUACUCUCAGAGGUCAGAGUUUGGGAGCCCAGAUCCUGAUGCCAGGGCUGGGACAUUCCAAACGGUAAUGACAUUUGCCUUCAAGGUGGGCCGGUGGUCUCUUGAAGAGCCCACAGUGCCUGAGCAAAGGCUUCCGGCUUGUAUUUGAGCUGUCCUGGAUUAGGGGCCCGUGAUCUCCAGAACCACUCACACAGAGGGACUUUUGGUCAUCUAAUGAGAGAGUGAGCUGAGUUGAGGUGCCACUCCUCCAUGGGGACUGAGAAGGGGCCUGGAAGCCCUAGUAUCUCCGGGGGCCCUCUGUUGGGUUCCUGGCUGAAGGGGGGAGAGGGGCCAUUUGCCUUUACUGGCAAACAAGAUUUGGGCUUCAGGAAAAUUAUCUUUUUCAUGUCUAGCUAUAACAUUAAUGUGGUCUAAUGCCUAUUUUGCCAUAUCUAACAUUGCUGUGAAUUGUAACAGUAUGGCCUUAUAAUUGGGUGGGGGUGCUUUAAGAAGAACUCCUUAGAUUCUGGCCCCGAGGGCACCCUCUGGGUUGGAAGUAGCCAAGGGGGUUCGUGGAAGCAUGCCCAUUAGCCCUUCCCAAUUUUAUAUAAGCGGAGGCAUGCUUCAUCUAGGCUUGUCUACACGCAGGGAACCCGAGCUGUAAUAACUGUGAUGGACGGACGGGCCUGGUGCCAAGCCAUAGAAACACACAUCCGGUGAGGCAGCUUCUUCCUCUCAUCUCUGUGGACUCCGGAGGCUUGUGGGGGAGGUCUCUUCCUGAGAGUCUAUUCCUGUUUUUGUCUGCAUCUCCUGCCCUGGUGGCUCGACGCAUUUGGGAGUACUGUCGCUGUGGUGACAAGUCCAGAGGCUCCUCCAGGGUGUCUGUAAUAAAAUAGGCCCUCAAUACCUUGGGUUGUUUUUUUGGUUCAGGUUAUGAAUUUUGAGGACUUUGGCCAGUCUGGCCAGGGCACGCAUCUCAGCCACUGUAACCAACAGUUCAGAGCCAGUUCCAAAGUCCUGUAAGAGCCAAUUUGCACCCUUCUCCCCCUUCCUAUGGGCAGAUUUUUCUAGAAAACCCUUGCAUUUCUAUUCUGUAUAAUUAACUUGUCUCCAUUUCUUUUCACCCUGGUGGUUGGGCGUUUUGGUUGGAAGGACAGGGGACACCUGGGAUGGAGGUUGCCUCUUCCCGGACUCGUGCUGCCACACCUGCCUUUCUAGGUUGUUCCAACCAACCCUCCAAGUGGUCGGGGUUCCCCUCCACCAGUGCAGCAGUAGCUGAGGUACUGGGGAAAGCUCCCAAGCCUCAAGAACGAAGCACCGGUGAUUAGGCGUGUUGAUAUGCCAUGCUGUUCGGUAAUGAACAGGCCAUCUGAGCAGGGGUCUUACAAAUGUCUAGUGGUUUUUCAACCUCCACUGGGAACUUGGGAGGAGCCGGUACCGUGUGUUCAGGGGCCCUGCUUUUGUAGCGAGAAUGUGUCCUGCUGUACCACACCAAGGAUGGGACUCCUGACAUCCCAUGGGGUUGGGGGGUGAUUUUCGACAGCAGCAAGCAUUGUGGCAGCAUAGGAGGAUGUUGACCUCAGCAUUGUGUCCACCCAGAGGUCCGUGAUGCCCCUGGUAGAGUCACCUCUCUCAUGUGUUAGGGCUGGCUUUCCAAGCUCAACACCCUAGUCCCAGCCACCAACAGCGUGGGCCCAGCAGCUGGCCACACCUGUGGCACUAAUCUAAAAGAACUCCCUUCUGUGUCCCUGCCACUGCCCUGCCCUGUCCACUGUCCCUGCCUGGGGAAAGGCGGCAGGGUCCUGCUAUUUCCGCUAACUCACCUUGGCCUGGUGCUGGGACUCUUGCAUGUGAGUAUUGCAGAUUACCUCCAGACCUGACACACAGCAGGGACUUGUUUAGGGACUAGUGGGAAACACACCUACUGCUGACUGGAGCCUGCUGGUGGUCAGCUUUUCAGGGGAGUCUGCCUUUCACUGCAUGGACAAUUUAGGGUGGGGAUUUGUGAACAGUACGCAGCGGUGCAAAAACAGUGCCACAGACUGCAAGCAAGCAGUGGGUUCCUUCCCAGGGAGACUGAGUGGUCUGGGGGAGGAAGUUAGUAAGCCAUUUGUAGCUCCAGGGCAUUGUAUGGGGGUACACACUGCACCCACAAUCCCAUCAUUAUCACCGGUUGUGUUGAGAAGCAGAACUGGUGUAUUGAAUUAAGAAUACCCAGAUGCCACCCACAUGGGGCAGGCAGGCGCUCCCUCAGCAUCUGAGCUCCCACUUUGGGGAAAUGAAACCCAGGGAGUCAUUUUGACUGGAGUUAUAGUUUCAGCACACCCACACAAAGGAAGUCGAGUCACAAGAUUUAAUUACUUCCAGAUCCCAGAAGCACGGGGGCUCGGUGAGCUGGGGGAAGGGCAGUCCUCUGUUCCAGGUUGAAUGAGCAGGAGAGAGAGCACCUAUCACUUACAGGGUGGUUGGGGCAGAGGUCACUUAACUUUUUGGUGGGCUUAACUCUAAGUGAUUAUUUUAAAAGGUGCCCUGGGGAAAAGCAAAGGAGGAAGUGAUGGCAGGAAUCCUAAAGUUGCAUUCUUAUCUCAAUGGUGAGACUCUGGGUGUGAGUAUGGUUAUCAUACUUUGAAAUGCCAAGGCAGCAGCUCAGAAAAAAAGAGUUGUUUGUCUCAUCGCACCCCACCCCACUAAUUUUGUGCCUCUUCUUCCUCUUCUCUUUCGGAUCACGCUUUUACUGUUCCCAGUGGUGGCCAUCCUAUCUUGGAGGCCUGUCCCUUACCAUCCGUCCCCCCUCACCCCCCAAAUAGUACUGUUGCUGUGACCACUGACAUGACAACUUCAUGCCACUGGGUUGUCUUUGGCCUUCAGCCAGUAUGAGAUUAAGAUUUCAGAGGAAAGAGCAGCAAGCACAUAGGAAGGCAGCUGAGGGCCUCUGAGGACGGUGCGUGGGGGGCAGGCAGAAGGGAGGUUGGACUCUGGAUGCCUCAUGCAUUAGAGAUGGUUAAGUGGUGGGCACCGGAGGCCCCGCCCAUUGAGGAGAGAGACGUAAGACUUGCCUCUUCGUUUGCCAGUGCCAGUGCGUGUGUGUUUGAGAUGAAAACGCAACAGCAAAUGAGACUGGAGGACCCUGCUGACAGUAAUGAUGAUUACAGCUGUUAAAGCAGCCAAGCUGGAAAAAAGGCCAAAAAAAUUGGUUUAACAGUGCAUAUAGAAUACCAGCCUCAGUUACUCAUAUGAACUGCCUAUUAUUUAUAAUGACUAUCAUUUUAGCAAUCAUGCAUACCAUUAAGUGCAUCAGAUUUAUUUGUGUGAAUUUUAUUUGAUUACAGUGGUAGAUUCAGUCUUUGUCAGCUAAGCUGGUACUUAUAUUGAUCAGUCUUACGCUGUGACCUCCCCUUUCUCUUUGAGUUCAUACGUUACUCUUUCCUUUUAGGUGAGCCUCAUCUUUCUAAGAUUAGCUACUUUGCAUAUCUUACCACCCAAAAGGCAGGGUAAAAGGCCACAGACGUAGAGGAGAACUGGCAGACAUUAGAAGGUUGCACUUUUUUCCCCCCGGCUUACCCUUUGAAAUGUAGACAUUUGUAUUUUAUUUUAUUUUUAUUUUUAAAUUUUUUUUAAAGUUUAUUUAUUUUGAGAGAGAGACCGCAUGAGUGGGGAGGGGCAGAGAGAGAGAGAGAAUCCCAAGCAGGCUCUGCACUGUCAGCACAGAGCCCUACGCCGAGGCUCGAACUCACAAAACCGCUAGAUCAGACCUGAGCCAAAACCAAGAGUCAAAUGCUUAACCGGCUGAGCCGCCCAGAUGCCUGGCAUCUGGUUUUUACAAUGCUUCUUGCUGGCAUGCCUGAGUGUUUAAUGGAAGCUACUGAUACUCCUGCCUAGUUAGGAGGAAGGGAGGGAGGGGAAGAGACGCAGUUGUGAAACCUUAGGAUACAGAACGACAGGAGGAAAGGAGACGGCUCUCUCAAAGAGGAAUUGAAGGUUUUCUAUGUGGAGUCAUGGCCAGUCAGGCUCAGAUGACCUGAAAUGGGAAACCUCAUUUGUUGGGGGAUUCCUCAAUGUCAAUGUAAGUGAAAUCAGUUUUGAUGAAAUUCAUCAACUCUUCUCCAAGGAUUUAGAUAUUGAGCCAGGAGGUCACUGGAGGCCUAAAGACUGUAAACCCAGAUGGAAGGUGGCAGUUCUCAUUCCUUUCCGGAAUCGCCAUGAACAUCUCCCAAUUUUUUUCUUGCAUCUGAUUCCAAUGCUCCAGAAACAGAGGCUGGAAUUUGCCUUUUAUGUCAUUGAACAGACCGGCACACAGCCUUUUAACCGUGCGAUGCUCUUCAAUGUGGGCUUCAAAGAGGCCAUGAAAGACAGUGUCUGGGACUGCGUAAUCUUCCACGAUGUGGAUCAUCUACCCGAAAAUGACCGAAACUAUUACGGUUGUGGAGAAAUGCCGCGUCAUUUUGCAGCAAAGCUGGAUAAAUACAUGUAUAUUCUUCCAUAUAAAGAGUUUUUUGGUGGUGUAAGUGGACUGACAGUGGAACAAUUUAAAAAGAUCAAUGGUUUUCCUAAUGCCUUCUGGGGAUGGGGAGGAGAAGAUGAUGACCUUUGGAAUAGAGUUCACUAUGCUGGAUACAAUGUAACAAGACCAGAGGGAGACUUGGGGAAAUACAAAUCUAUUCCUCAUCACCAUCGAGGUGAAGUCCAGUUUUUAGGACGGUAUAAGUUACUGAGGUAUUCAAAAGAGCGUCAGUACAUCGAUGGGUUGAACAAUUUAAUAUAUACGCCAAAAAUACUGGUUGAUAGGUUGUAUACAAACAUAUCUGUAAACCUCAUGCCAGAGUUAGCUCCAAUUGAAGAGUAUUAAAAGAAGUAGCUGUCCUGGCAAAGCUAGACCACAAUGCUGAUCACAGACUUGGAGUGUAUUCUAAAUGGAGGUCAGUGAAUGGACGUGUCACAGUGCCCUGAUCUGUGAGAAGAGCCAGCUGUCCUUAGUGUUUACGGUGUGAGAUUAUAUGCUAUCACCCAUCCUGGACUCUGAGACACUCGCCCACGGCAAGCACUGCGGAGACUCAGUGCCGUUGCGGAAGUCUGGAAGUUAAGAGGGCCUCCCUACAAAGAGAAAAUUUUUAUACUAACAUAUAUAAUUUAAUUCAAGAGAAUGCUUUAUUUCUGUUUAAACAUGUUUUGUAUAUAUGUGAUGUAAAUUAAUGUGUUCAAAUUGUUGAAAAAGAUGUGUUGCAAUUUUGCAUGUAAUUGGUCAUGCCUUUAUUGGACUUUUCUAGACAUUUUUAUUUGCAUGGAAAAAAACAAUGCAAAUAUAUGUCACUAAACAAAGGUUAACCCUUGUGUGAAAUGAAGGAACUGUCAAUAAUUGACAGCCAACUAAUACAGUAAGUGGUUAUACUAGUUUUGAGCUUUAGACCUUCAGCCUCUUGUGUGGAAGUCACAGCUUUCUUAGGGUUCUAAAGGAUAAGAAGAAAGGAGUUAAACAGCUCUUCUUCCUACCAGGAUUACCUGUUUUUUUCCUUGGCUUGCAAUCUCAUCAGAUUUUGCUAAGUCACAGCCAUAUUGUUUAUGCACAUUGCAUGAGUAUUACCAAGAAAAUCGUAAACGUUGUGAUGUAACACGAUAUAAAGGACCUCUUUAUGUUAACUGUCUUUCAUGUAUCUUUGGUGUAAUUGUCAGGGAUUUUGUGCCUCAAAAAAUGUUCCCAAGGUUGUGUGUGUUUGUACACUGUAUUUUUUUUUUUUAAUUCAUAGUGAACAGCACUUUUAUUAUUUCUAGUUCAGAAGAGCCAAAAAACAAUUUUCAUUAAAAAAAAAAUCAAAAUGAUUUUUUUUAAAAGAAUGAGCUAUGGAAAACCCAGUAGUACUUAUAAUAUACAAAUGAAUUAUACUAUUAGAUAAGAAAUUAAAUGUUCUAUUUUUAUGAAGAUAAAUGCUUAGUAGAUGAAAACAAAUUUUAAGUUUAAUUCUGGGACUCAGAAUUUCAAGUUUUGAAGGGAACCUUUAAUGCCGGCCAGUUUUAUUAGAACUAUAUAUUUUUUUCACUUUUAAGAAAUUACAUUUCUGGUAUUCUUAAAAUUGUCUCACUGAAAGCAUAAUUUAAUAGAAUUAUUUUAAAAUACAUAAUCAGUUAUUUAAACGCGGUGGCAUUAUAGGACACUGCUCUGAGAACAGGUCUUACUAUCUGACAUCCAGUGUAUUGCUUUAUUAAAGUUGGGUGAAGUUUUCAUGGCAAACCAAACUGUAUCCUUACUUUGAAAAUUAUCCACUGUAGUCAACCAAAGAGUCUACAAAAGCUUAACAUUUUCAGAAAUUUAAGACAAAAAAUUAUGCAUCUCUUAAGUGAGUCUGCAAAAACAAUGAAGAACAAAAGAAAUCUAUCUAUGAGGGGUGUUGGGAUAACAUUUGCCUCAUGGAUUGUUCCCCUAAAACAGAAACAAAGUUAUUUAUCUCAGCUUUAAGUUUAAUUGUGAAGUGUUAUUUUUUUAUGGCAGUAUUGGCAAUACAAAUGACCACAAACCAAAUCAUAAAAUAAUUGAAUUUCUUAUACUUUGAAAAAAUGGAUUGCUCUCCCUUUAUGAUACCAAACAGAAUUUUCCAUAUUUAUUUCUUAGAAUUAUUUCCAAAAUAUUUGCCUUCCUUUUUUUUUUGGUGGUACUCAAAAUAACAAAAAAAUCGAACCUUCCAACAAAUAAGAGAUUUGUUCUUAAUUUGUGUAUCUGUUCGUUUUGGUCUCAUAGCCAACACAGUUUGUUUAAUUUGGUGAAAUGCAAGACGGUUGGGAAUGUUAACAUUUGUAAUCACUAACAAGAUAGUAGGGGCAUAGGAGCAUAAUUAAUCCAAUAAUACUUAAAUAUUUUUUUAAUACUUACAUAUUUUAAUUGUGGGGAAAAUUAGGGCUGUUUCUGAGUCUUAUACGUAAAACAUAUAUUUUGCUUUUGAAAGUGAAGCUGCCCACAUUUUGGAAUCUUCAUUUUGAUACACACUCCACAGUUUCAGGAGCGCUCAGUUCUACUAGUAUCUGCCUUAUUUUCUUGGAAGUCUAAUAGCAAUUUUUGUUUCAUGAGUGAGCCAUAUUACUUAGCUUUCUUCAGUUUUGAAUAUACUAUGUCAUCCUGUGAAAAUCAUCUCAUUAGUUUCCUUUCUGUCUUUUCCAUUUCCUUUUUGUUUUGUUUUGUUUUGCUUUGUAAGCGCACACCAAAAAUUGAUUUUUGCCUAUAAAGAAUGACUUUAUGUAUUUCCGUAAGAGUGAUAUAUACACUUUGCUCAAUUAUCUUUAUUUUAUGAAAAUAAACCUAUUCCAUAAAAAUUAACAAGUCCAUUGCAAAUGCAAAUUCUCUGUCGUUACGUUUGGUGGAUUUAUUAGUGAACGUGUAUUGAUCGCCUGCUCUGUCAGCGUGAGGUGUGUCUACAGAAAACAUUUUAUUUCUGAACACAUCCAAUCAAGCAAGUUGAAACCUUUCAAAAAUUAUGAAGACAUCGUCUGAUAACUUAUCGGUUGUAUUUCUUAGUUUCAAAGUCAAGAAACUUAUGUACGUAGACAUGGCACUCUUACAAGGUCCCUAUGGCACUACUGGGAAAGCUACAUAGUGCCUUUCAACUCCAGAGAGAAGUAAUGAUUAAUGGAUCUGUUGGUAGAAAAGAGAUGGAAAAGUGUACACAUGAGUAUUUUUUUAAAUCUACAUUUAAAUUUGUAUUUUGCGAAAAGAAAAGGUGUUCAAUAAGAAAACUUACUUACAGUGUUAUGCAAACACAUGAUUAUGUAUCAGAAACUUGCUUAGAUUCCCUUUCCAACCAAAAUACUGCUACCCAUUUUAAAAUAAAAUGGAAAAAUGACCAAUACAAAAUUCUCCUUCUUUCGGAGGCUUCCUACAAGUGAAAGCAGAUUUUGUGUCAUUUUAUUUGGCCUUUCCUUGUAUCUGUUGUAUUUCUGUAUGUGCUCGUUAGACAAAUAUUAGCACUCUGGAUUUAUUGCCUUGUAUUUGCAAGUAUGCCAACUGAGGGAUCUAAAAUGGCCAGUGUGGUUUAUCUGAAAGAGGAAGUGUACUUAAGAUCAUUUUAUUUAUUAGAUCUGAAAGGCUUCUACAUAAAUGCACUGAAAUAAAUGCUAGUAAUUUCUUGUA